UUCUCUGAGCUGAGAAAGAGCCUAGAGAGCCCAAGCGAUUCAGCACUAGUGCAGACAGCUGAUAGGCAACACGUUGCGAUAUAUAUAACAAACACAUUAAAUAAAUGUGACAAGUCAAUUCAAAACAACAACAGAAACAAAACAGCGAUCUAAUUUGCUGAAAAAGUGAAAUUUAGGGAAUGGUCAGAAGGGACUGAAUCUGAAUCUCACUUAUUUUAUCUGAGACGUAGUGGAUUUGUUCUGCAUCUUUGGACAAUCAAAACCGGAGAAGAGGGAAGACAGCAAGAAGACAAACUGUGAGAUUGAGGAGAUCAACAGAAAGAAGGAGAGACAGACAUCGCAGCAUCUUCAUAUUUGUCGUCCCAGAGGGGUUAGCUGCUGAUCUCUCCAGCGCACUUCUCUCCUCACCGAGCACACUCCAGAGAGAAAUGGCUGCAGCCAAGACAGAGAUGCUCCUGCCUGCUCUGCAGAUCUCCGACCACCUGAGCUUCCCUCACUCCCCCAUGGAUAACUACCCCAAGCUGGAGGAGAUGAUCAUGCUGAACUCUGCAGGGACCCCAUUCCUCAAUGCCACGGCACCUGAAGGCACAGGCUUUGGCUCUGGGGAGCCCGGCGAGCAGUUUGAUCACCUUGCUGGAGACACGCUUUCAGAAAUCGCCAUCGAGAAACCUCUGUCAGAUCAGACCUACUCCACCCAGCGGCUGCCCCCCAUCUCUUACACGGGCCGUUUCACUCUCGAACCUGCCCACAACUGCAGUAACAGUCUGUGGGCUGAGCCUCUGUUCAGCCUGGUGAGCGGGCUGGUGGGCAUCAACCCGCCCCCCACCUCCAUUCCGUCCUCGUCCUCUCAGGCAGCUCCCCCCUCUUCCUCUUCUUCGUCUUCCAUCCCCUCUUCCACUUCUUCAUCCACAUCCAGCGCCAGCCUGAGCUGCUCCGUCCACCAGAGCGAGCCUAACCCCAUCUACUCGGCGGCUCCCACCUACUCCAGCGCCAGCCCAGACAUCUUCCCUGAGUCUGGCCCAAACUUCCCCACCACAGUGGGCACCUCGCUGCAGUACCCCACUUCGUCAUACCCUAACAGCAAGGCCUGUAGCACCAGCUUCCCUGUGCCAAUGAUCCCCGACUACCUGUUUCCCCAACAGCAGAGCGAGAUCAGCUUGGUGGCCCCCGACCAGAAGCCCUUCCAGACGCAACCGGGUCAGCAGCCCUCCCUGACGCCGCUGUCCACCAUCAAGGCCUUUGCCACCCAAACCGGUUCUCAGGACCUAAAGAGCGUCUACCAGUCUCAGCUCAUCAAGCCCAGUCGCAUGCGCAAGUACCCCAACCGGCCAAGCAAGACACCUCCCCACGAGCGCCCCUACGCAUGCCCCGUUGAGACCUGCGACCGUCGCUUCUCACGCUCAGACGAGCUGACGCGCCACAUUCGCAUCCACACCGGCCAGAAGCCCUUCCAGUGCAGGAUCUGCAUGCGCAACUUCAGCCGCAGCGAUCACCUGACGACCCACAUCCGCACGCACACGGGCGAGAAGCCCUUCGCCUGCGAGAUCUGCGGCCGCAAGUUUGCCCGCAGCGACGAGCGCAAGCGCCACACCAAGAUCCACCUGCGGCAGAAGGACAAGAAAGCGGAGAAAGGCACCACUUCAGUGCAGAGCUCAGUUGCAAACGUAUCCAUGUCAGCUUCCUCACCAGUGUCCAGCUACCCCUCUCCCAUCACUUCGUACCCCUCUCCGGUCUCCUCCUUCCCAUCCCCAGUGAACUCCUGCUACUCCUCACCGGUGCACACCUCCUACCCCUCCCCUUCCAUCGCAACCACUUACCCCUCGGUGACCAGCACCUUCCAGACACAGGUGGCCACCUCCUACCCUACCUCAGUGGCCAGUAACAUCUACAGUUCUCCCGUCACCACCCCACUGUCUGACAUGCAAGCCGCGCUUUCCCCUCGGACAUCCGACAUCUGCUGAGACUUUUGACACCCACCCCAGACCUCCAGGCUUGAUUCAAAGGAACAGAAAGCAUCAAUGACUUCUAAGUCCCCUCUGCAAAAAGCACUUUUCUGCCCAUGCUCCCAACAUGGCUCGGUUACAAAACAGUCAAGGACUCGGCAAAGACUUUAAAAGGGAUUUUUGUGUCGUUCUCUCCCUUCGAAUCCUAUCCUUUCAAACGAGGCGUAUGAGACUUUCAAAUGACAAACAAAAGCAACAGGCUUCGGCAAGUUUUCCCUCAGACUGUGUGUGCACAGACGUACUUGCGACGCAGAAUGGCUAAAGGACGUUAACAGUGUGUUAACCUGUGGGCUUCAGGCUCGACAGAAGCUUGACUCGACAGGUGUACAGUUACAAAAGACGUUUGAAUAAUAUACAUAAGCUACAGUAUAUUGUACAUGUGCCAUGUUUCCUUUUUGUUUUUACUUUUUAGUACCAUUGUUGUGACAAUUGAUUUGAAUAUUUGCAUUGUAUUAUUCUUGAGCAGGGCCAUAUUUUAUAAGAUACAUUCUGUAUUAAGUAGUAAAAAUGCUGUGAUAAGUUCUUGACCUUGUUUGACUAAGCACUUAAGUAUUCUGACGCAUGUGGAAGAGUGAUGUUAGUUUCUCUUAUUUUGUAAAUAUCAUCCACUGGUACUAUCUUUCUCUUUCUCAAAUGUGACAACAAGAACCUGUUAAAUGGAGGGGCAAACAUCAGAAAAGAAUCAACCACAAAUCUUCAAUUUUUUUGGUGCCUUUUGUGAAGCCUUGCAGAUGUUUUGACAGAUAUCAGCGUGUGGAUGCUUUGCAUCUAGCCUUAAGGUGUAAGGGAUUUUGUUUUCUCGUUUCUUUUUUCUAUAUUCAGAAAGUCAUUUCAAGGAAAAAAGGGAAAGGAUUUGAGGGCACUGCAUUUCUUUGGGAUGUAAGCAAAAAAGAAAACUAUAAACUAUAUUUUUGUAACGGAAAUGUACAUAUCUACAUCUUGAGGAGUUGGAAUGCUGUAGUUACCUACUGAGUAGGCAUGGGAUUUUUUGUAUGUUAUUUACAUGCGGUCCAUUAUUUUGUUGUUAUUUUUAUUUUGUAUUUGUGUUUGUUCGAAAAAGUGACUGUUUAUGGCUUCUAAACACAUUGAAUGCGCUUAACUGCCAAUGGGAUAUUUGGUGUACAAGAUAUCCUUCAAGAACAGAACUAUAAAUAAAACCUAAAUAUAUAAAUAUA